AUGAGUGGGGCCAAACCUAUUCUUGCUCAUCGUCUGCCGGUAUCCGUUCUUGUCAAUGAAGAAGGACUGAUAGCGCCAGAAGCCAUUGGCCCGAGCAAGUUUGCGGUAACGUGGUCUGCUGAACCUCCCCCUCCUGUACUUGCACCUCUUGUACAAGCUGCAGAGCGCCAAGUUGUCCUCAGCUCAUCUGACGGUGAAUCAGAUUUUUCGGAGAAAGAUCUCUGCUCGUUGGGAGAAAAGCAAUCACCUGCCGAGCUUUCUGACGAAUUCGAAAGUUCGCUGAGUCAACGUUUUCGGCCUCAGCAACUCGCUCCUCACCAUCACGAUGAAAAUCCGAUUAUUCCACGGCUUUCUCGUGCAACCUCCAUGCCUUUGCCAUCACAGCUAGAGCAUCUAAAAAAUCCCCGCAGGACGACCGUGUCUACUUCACCUGAAAUGCCUAGUCAACCUCUCUCCACAGAUGCCACUGCCGAAUCCUCUCGGUUCCACGAACUUUCGUUAGAACUCGCGGAUUCUGUUCAGAUGGUCGUUCAGACCCUUUUACAGGUCUCGCCAACGCAAAUACUUGACCCGGCGAAAGAGCAAUUUGCAGCUUGUUCUCUCUCAGUCCCCACCGCCUGCAUGUCUGCUGUAUUCACGACUAUGAAGAACCUCAAUUACAUUUCUGCGAAUAUGCCAGAUCUAUGUGCCGACACAUUCAACUCUGCUCAUUCCAGCAAUUCUACUUUGACAGCCCGCCGAUUGACCCUGCCUGGACCACCUGUCACUCCAGCCACGGAUUUCGAUAUUGGGGAGAUGCUGCAAGGAGUCGGAGAUGCAUCGAGCGGGAGGGCCGCUGAAGUUGGUGUAGAUCUGGUCUUAUUCCAUAGCGAUGUUGGGAUGAGGCAUAUUGCGGUCAAGGGAGUAGAAUGUGGAAUAUCUAAUGUGCUAACGCAUGUCGUCCGUCAAAUCAUCAAUACCGCACGCCGCGGUGAUUCAAUUGAUUUGGGCCUUAGUGUCGCUUCGUCGAGCUAUUUGGGCUCAAAUAUGUCACCUUCCAUCGAGAAACCAAGUUCGACAGCAAGGGGUGUCUCUUCUCCCGUCCCCAUAGAUGAGGAUGAAACUUUGCAGUGCACAUUCGAAAUCCAUCAUCGUUUUCAUUCGCCGGAUGUGCCAGUGGACGACAUGACACCUACCAACACAAACCCUUCCGACGUUCUAGAGCGUCCAGAGCCCAACUUUGGUUCGAUGUUGUUUCGAAGGCUACUUCUUCGAUGCGGCGCGUCGCUUUCAUCCGACGUCACUGAUGACGUAACUUCAAGAAGGACGUAUGAAGUCAAGCUUGAACUUCAGCGUGGUUCAGUAGAUACGAUUACUGCCAAAUCCUCUGCAACAUCUGAACAAUCUCAUGUGCUUCUCAGUGGGGUUCGGUUAGGAACGGAGCCGUCUCUUGAAGAGCUUGGUCAAUUCGCUGAAACUUUGCGCGGAAAGAAGGUCACCUUGUAUGCAAGCUCCACAAGCUCCUUUGCACAUCACCUGACAAGCUAUCUCACUGCUUGGGGGUUGGAUGUCAGUCACGUUUCGCCAGAGGCUGAAGUCGAUGGCACUCCAGGCGCCAAUGAAGCUCCUGCCCCUCCAUCUCGAGAGCGUGGAUCACAAGAGCCUCGAGCCCCAUCCACGAACGGCACCCCACGCUUAGCUCCGUCGCUGUCAUUCGUAAUGAUCGAUGACGAUGUCUCCAUCCUUCGGGAGAGGUUGCGCAAGUACAGAGCAGAGCAACCGAUACCUCUCAGCCUUCACUCUCGGAAACGGCCUUCUCUAGCUGCUCACCAUCGCCCAAAGUCGUCACCACAAGUAGCCCGUACUCUAGGCUUAGGAUCACAGGCCCUACCGCAACAAACACCCAUAGUAGUCGUUCACUUCACCAGCCUGGCCAAUUACAAACUGGUCAAGGAAAUCAUACAAUGCGAUCUCGCUUCCCACUCCUAUCCAGCAUGUCCCCCCGAAGUUAUGAUUAUUCCUAAGCCCGCGGGUCCACGCAGGUUCCUUACUGCGCUGCACACUGCUGUUACUAAGCCUAUCGUCGAUCCAUUCUUUGCCCCAAUUGCUACCUCGCCACUUAGCCCUGGUUCGCACAGUUCUCCCUUCUUCAAUUUAACUCAGACAAGUCCAAAAUCCCCUUCUUCUCGCCCAUCGAACUCAUCGCGGACCAAUUCCGAGCGAUCUAUGCGAUCUACGAGGGACAGUACAAGUGAACACCACUCGCAUGCACCUCCAUCACCCCUCGGUCUCGCGGAUAACAUGGAGUAUUUCCCCGAAACUCAGAGCCCUGUAAGGCUUGGUCAGACGCCAUCCUCCGGGCUCGUCAUUUCGAGCCCCGACGGACAACCAACAGGCAUUAUCUUCCAGCCGCGUGCAAAAUCUACGAAGCCUAUCACACCAUCACCCAAUAGUGUUGCAGUCGAUCGGGAUAAGCCGCAGUUUCUAUUAGCCAGUUCUGAACGGCUACGAGGGUCCUCCCGCCGUCUAUCGGACAGUGAACAGAAGAAGCAGGGUCAAUCGCCGCUCUCCUUUGCGUCUUUGCACUCUAAUGUGUUGGGAAGUGUAUCACCCCCUCGGCGAGAAGCUUCUCCUAUCGAGGGUUUUACCCCCAUCUCCACUACUCCCAAAGCAAAGGGGAAAGGAGUAACUUCCCCUCAGGCAGAUGAACUUACCCCCUCAUCACCGCUAUCUCCCCCAUCGCGUAACGCAAGCACUGUUGAUCUAAGGAAGGUUUCUUCCCCUCCAAGUUCUCCAGUAAUACCGGAACCCCAACCCAGUGUGCUCACGCGAAGACCAGGAAGGCGAGUAACUCAUGAUUCAAAACCUUCGACGCCCCCCACUGCGUUGGGGAAAGCAGGCAAGGGUCAACCUGACACAAGCAUCAUACCUCCAAUUAGCGUGCUCAUCGUUGAUGAUAACCCAAUCAAUCAGACUAUUCUGUCGACCUUCAUGAGGAGAAAAAAGAUUAAGUAUGACGUGGCCAAAAACGGAGAAGAGGCGGUGCAGAAGUGGCAAAAUGGUGGUUUCCACUUGAUUUUGAUGGACAUUCAAAUGCCUGUUAUGGACGGCAUACAAGCGACAAAAGAGAUUAGAAGAUUGGAGAGUUUGACAGCUUCUUCGGGCUACACCCCAGGCACACCGCUAUCCGAUACACUUUCAGAUGGAGCAUUCUCCGAAUCUCGUGCCUCAGCAUCGCCUUACCGUUCCGCUGUCAUUAUCGUAGCUCUCACGGCUUCAUCCCUCCAGAGCGACAGAGUGGCGGCGCUUGCGGCAGGUUGCAACGAUUUCCUGACCAAGCCUGUGUCUUUAGAAUGGCUGAAUAACAAGAUCAUCGAGUGGGGGUCGAUCAAGGCUUUGCAGAUGUGGGCUGACCUGCGGCCGGAGGUAGUGAAAACCAUCUCGACUGAGCAAACGGCUCAAGCGCAACUUGUGGCCCGUCGACUUCACGUUCCCGAGGGUCGAACGACUCCAAUCGGUUCUCUGAGUAGAUCGACAUCAAAAGCUAGAGAGGAGAAAAGCGAUCCCCCUGUUCAACCUGGUCCUGAGCUUACUGCUAAACUCGCGGAACCGAAAGGAGUGGACGAGACAACCUCGAAACCGGCAAAUGACUUGCCCGAUAAUGAUUCCCCCGGAUCAUCGCCUUCUUCUGAAUCUUCUGAUUCCUUUGAGCAAUCUGGUGAGCUCAAUCUUCUAUUUCUGCCUUUCUUUCACUUAGAUCGGUGA